AAUUGAACCCUUCACCGAGUUGAACGCUUAAACUUGAAAAAUGAGAAGAGGAACGUUCCACCCACUAUCAUUAGGGUUCGGUAGCGUCUUCAAUCUUCAUGUCGAUUCUGCGCCAAUGUGUUUUCCCUAUCAAGUAUCUAUCUUUUCAAUUCAAUUACCGAGUUGCUUUCACUCCUCUUCCCCAAAAACUGGAACUUGCUCUUAAGAGACUGGGGCAUUCUGUGGAGGUUUCAGGAUUAUUGUUAUGUGGGAUAAAACAUGAUACUGAGAGGUAUCUCAGACGUAACAACGUUUGUGGCUGUUAUCCUGCAUUGUCAGGUGCAAAAAUGGUUUGUUUAAGAGAGGAAAGUUACCAUACUUCACCCGUUAUUGGAAAGUUCUUUAUGGGUAGUCGCCAUUUGUCUUCUUUGGUUAAUGAGAAAAGUUGUAAUGAGAAUAUUUUGAAAGAAACAGUUUUGGAACUUGAGAAAUUCCUUUCAGCUAAGGUCAACGGGGACAUUAAUUUGGAUGAAGAAGUUGAGCAGGAAUUUGAGUCAGAACCUAGUCGUCUCGAUGAUCCUCUGUCGGAAUAUGCAAAUGACCUAUACCUUGGCUGUCGUGAGCCUUUGAAGAGGAAGACUUCUUUGGAGUUGUUAAGAACCGUUAUGAACAGUCCAGCCCCCUACCUUCCUGGUAUUCUGAAAAAAUUUGCUGAAGCAGUGGAGCAUUUGAGCCAUUUAGAGGCUUCGAAGAUUGUAUUUAUUCUCUGGAAGCAUCAUAUGUAUUACAAGGCGUUGAAGAUUUUGGAAUGGUUGGAGACCACGAAACAAUUAGAGCAUAGUGAAAAUGCUUAUGCCUCUCAUCUCGAUUUAAUAGCCAAGGUUCAGGGAGUUGAUGUGGCAGAGAAGUACAUGAAGAAUGAUGUGCCAGACUCUUUCAAAGGUGAAUUACUGUACAGAACUCUUCUAGUAAACUGUGUCCGCUCUGGCAACAUGGAAAAAUCCGUGACAGUUUUUGAAAAAAUGAGAAGUUUAGGUUUGCCAAUUACUAUCUAUACUUUGAAUCAGAUGAUCAUUUUGUACAAGAAGUAUGACAGAAGGAAGAUACUCGGCAUAUUAUCCUUUAUGAAGAACGAAAAUUUAACUCCAUCUCAUCUUACAUACAGGAUUCUGAUAGCCACCAAGGGUGAAACUGGGGACAUAAUAGGGAUGGAACAAUUGGUUGAGGAUAUGAAAUCUCAUGGUUUGCAACCUGAUACUCAUUUCCUGACAGACUUGGCCAGAUACUAUAUUUCUGAGGGAUAUAAACAUAAAGCCAUCACUAUACUGAAAGAAAUAGAAGGAGCAAACUCACAUGAAUAUAUUAGGAUAUACAAUAAACUGUUCUCUCUCUACGCCUCUCUUGACAUGACUAGUGAUGUAAGCAGAAUAUGGAACAAUUGCAAGUCAGACCCCACAAUGCUGGAGUGUGAAGCAGUAAUAGGAGCAUUGGGCAAACUUGGAAAAGUUGAGGAAGCAGAAGCAGUAUUUGAAAUGGCAAUGCAUAAAUUUAAGGGGCCCUCAUCCAGGCUCUUUUCUGAACUUCUUAGAGUUUAUGCUCUGAAUGACCAGAUAUCGAAAGGUAAGGACUUUGUCGAGCGAAUGAGACAUUCUAGAUGUUGGUCUGGUCCACUGGUUUGGGAUGGACUAGUGAGAUUCUAUGUUAAAGCCGGUGAUGUAGAGAAGGCCGCUUCGAUUUUAAGUAAGGCUGCCGAAAGGCAAUGUGGGGGUGCAGUGAAGCCGUUAUUCAGCUCUUACAUGGUUGUGAUGGAACAGUAUGCAAAUUGUGGAGAUGUACAUAAUACUGAGAAAUGGUUCUAUAAAAUGAGGCAGUGUGGAUACACCGGUCGUCUUAGGCCAUUUCAGAUUCUGGUUCAGGCUUAUUUGAAGGCCAAAAUCCCUGCUUACGGGGUCAGAGAAAGAAUGAAGGCUGAAAAUGUUUUCCCAAAUAAAGAAUUUAGCAUGCAGUUGACAGAAAUUGAUGCACUAAAGAAUGUAUACUUAAUAGAUCCCUAGUAUGUUGAAGUUAUGAGAUAGUUGCUCCAUUAAUUGCAUUUUAACAGAGACCAAUUAAAACAAGGUAAAUAUUAUCUUAUUUUCUGGCUAAGAUUGUUACAUGCUACUCUACCACCACUCACCGUUUAACAGAGUAGUAGUCCAUUCUUGUGCAGUGUAACCAGUUAGAAAUGGGCUUAUUUCUAGCUAUACAUUUUUAUGUUUUCUGAAAGGAAAGGGGAGCACAUGAUAACGUGCACCAUCUUGUGUUAA